AUGACUUCGCCACAGCCUCCUCCUUCAAGCGCUGAUGCCUUCUUUGACAACGUGACGUCAAACCCACUUGCCUCAGCAGGUAUUUCCGUCGCCAACACAUACUUAAAUCAAGGCGAUGAGUUGUUAAAAUCUCAAUUAGGAGGAAUCUUCUCAUUUGACUCGUGGCGAUAUUAUUUCAACGUGUCAACCACGUCUGUCUUCAAACGACUGUUAAUGACAGUUGUCCCUUACGCUUUCCGCGGAGAUUGGACACGAACAGCGACCACGGCAGAGGACCAAUCAAAGUUGUACAGUCCACCAAAAGAAGACAAGUACGCGCCUGACCUUUACGUCCCACUCAUGUCGUUUAUCACAUAUGUCUUGUUUGUCGGGUUUUAUUACGGGUCGAAGGGAACUUUCACACCGGAAACACUUUCCGUCGCUACGACUUUGUGUUUGAUGGUCGUCACUUUAGAGGUGAUGAUUGUGAAGUUUUUGGAGUACAUGCUUUUCGACGUUGGGGCUGACUUCAGAGUGUAUUUGUCAUACCUUUCAUACGUUUUUGUGCCAGUGAUCAUAUGCUCUCUCGUUGGCACUGCACCAGUGCCGUACAUUCAAUACGUUGCUCUCGUCGUCUUCGGGUCGUCAUUUGCGUUCUUUAUAUACAAAACACUCAUGGGCGGACUCACAGCAAUUGAAGGUGAAAUGAGCAAGAAGCGGAUGUACGCAAUCCUCAUUGGUUUACUUCAGAUCGCCUUAAUCUUCUUCAUGAUGAAAUGA